UUCAGAUUUUCCUUUCUUUUUUCUCCUUUAACAGCUCCUGUAAAUUCUCCCCAAAUCCUUCCUACCCAGACUCGGAUUCGACAAUGGAUCCAAUUAAAGUAGAGAAAUUUCGAGCCAUGAAAAGUUACAAGAGAAAGAAUCUUUUUGUUUACAACCUUGUUCUUCAUUUUCUGGCUGCAUUAAUAUGUAGUUUGCUUUGGUCCUACCCAUACUGGUUUCCUUCCCUACAUUCUUCCAUGAAGCAUUUUUGCUUGACAUCUCUCCCUUGUAUUUGGUCUUCCUUCUUCAAUCCAAAGUGCUUAUUUGUUGUGGUUAAUGUCAUUGUCAUCUUCCUUGUUGGAGAAUCAAAGCUGGUAAGCACAAGCUCCUCUCCAUCUGAUGAUAUUUACAAUGAAUAUAUAGAAAGGAGCCGGAGUCUCAGGAAAGCUGUCUCAACUUCUCACGAGAAGUCGAUGACCAUCAAGGAUGAGAAAGUUGAAGAAGAAAAGGAAGUUGAACUGAUCAUCAAAGAAGUGAGUAGUGUCGAAAAUAAACAAGAGGAGGAAGAAGAGAAGGAAAACCAUGAAAAAGUUGAAACAGUGGAAGAAGAUGAUGAAGAGAAGGAAAAAGAAGGAGAAGAGGAGGCGGCCAGAGUGCCUCUGACAUUGAUGGAAGGAGAACAUAAAGAACGGAGGGACAAAGAUGAAGAAGAAGACGAGUUGCCUAUAGAGGAACUAAAUAAAAAGUUUGAAGAGUUCAUAGCAAGAGUUAACAAACAAUGGUGCCUUGAAGUCAAUUCAUUACUUUCUCUUGAGGCAUGAUUAGGAGAACUGAUCUUGAAUGCCAACUUAAAAUUGGGGUAAAUGGAUUUUAGAAGAGCUAUAGUAUUGUAGGUAGUGUCAUAGAUUUAGCCACAAACAGGUAUUUGUGUUGUGAAAAUCAGUCAAAGAUUUGUAUUGAUGAUAUUCUUAUAAAGUUGUAAAAAUAAUAAUUUCCUUUUGGUUACAUUUGCGAGGUAAAAGAAAAAUAAAAUGAUUCUAGAGUA